AACCAAUUGUUUCGAAAGAGACAUCGAGAUAAUAUACCCGACGAGCCUGCACACGUGUGUAUACAUAUUUUUGGAUAUUGGGAAGAUUUUUGGCGGAUUGGUUGAAAACUCGAGGAUUGAAGGGGUGUCCACACCCGGAUUUCCACGAUGCGGACCUCACGAAAUCUCCAGUUGUACUCGAUAAUAUUCCUCUUUCUUUCCACAUUCACGGCAGCAUGGCCCUGGCCACGAUGGCUCCCAGAACUAGAUGCCCUGAUUGUAAGACAAGAUAGUGGAAACAGUACUACCGCGACAACAGGGAAAGCAACAGGAAAAGCUUCAUCCUUCGUUCCCACACCCACCAAAACGCUCGUUUCAGCAGGAAAGACAACCACGCUAUUCGCAACCGAAGCCCCAUCCGCGACCGAGGGUAGCGCCGCCAACAAAACAACCGCCACCGGCCACACAUCCUACGAUGCCCGUCUUCCAGCUGGCGGUGUCUCAAUGCUAACACCGGCCGCCAUCUCCGGGCAACAAUUCUUCAAAAUCGGGGACUUCGUGACAUUCGGUUGGAACUACACAUCUCUCGAAGCCACUCCCACAGCAGUGAAUGUUAUGGCAACAUGCACACAAAACCAACAGCUCUACACAAUUGCCGCAAAUGUCACAGUUUCGAAUGCAACGAAUGCCGUGACAUGGGACACGGGUGGAUAUCAAGCAACGGCGGUCACGGACCCGCUGUUGACCGAUAUCUAUACACUAGUUAUUUAUGAUGCGGCGAGUAGUAUCAGCGCUACAGCCGAGGCGGGGUAUUUGGCGGUCCAGGAUACGUAUACGUUUGGGAUGUACGUGCCGCAGAGCUAUACGCCGUUGGCGGACUUUAUUUGUGCGACUUGCAAUGGAGCACUGGGUCCGAUGGAGAAGAGGGCGUUGGGUAUGAUGCUAGGGAUGUGUGUGCUCACGGUAUUGAGCUUUGGGUGGUUUGUCAAUGGGCUGGGAGUGAUUUGGUGAUUGCAUGGAAGAAAAGCGGAAGAAUAUGGAUGGGCACAGGAUCGGGGUGUUUUCGUGAACAGUUUUACACUCCUUACAGGGUCGGGCAUGGCGUGGCAACAUGGAGUUAUGGUUAUGAGUGUAUAAUCUGGGUUGGCGAAUUUGCAUAGCG